CAUGUGUUAAAAGCUUAAAGUCAAGUUGACAGAAUGUCAAAAGCAUUAUAAUAAUAUUGUUAUUAUAUUUUUGUUUACUUAAGAUUAACAAGGCUUAAAUUGACAAUAUCGUAAAUUGUUAAAAUAAAAGUCAAAAUGGGCAGUACAGACAGAGCUGUGAUAACAGGUUUCAUAUGCAGAUUGUGCAGUAAGAUGAAUCGAUUUGUAAUUCAUAUUUAUGGUGAAGAAGGAGAAAGAAUGAAACUAGCUGAUAAAAUUAACGCUUACUUACCAAUCACGGUGAAUAUAAAUGAUCAGCUGCCGAAAACUGCAUGUCUUCAUUGUAUAGAAAGAUUAGAAGCUCAUCACGAGUUAAUGGAACAGUUUAUGGUUGCCAAGCAGAGACUGAAUAAAUCAAAUUCUUUACCUUCUUCUUCAGUGACGAAAACAGCUGAAACAAGUACUUCGGCUAGUUCAUCUCCAUGUUGACGCAAUGAAUCUUUCUAUAUUUAAUUAGCAAUAAAAAUAAAUUGGUAUGAAUAAGCUAAAAGAAGAAUGCUUUAAAUUUUUGCAAUUUUUGAGUCAUUAUAAAUCAAUUAUUCAAACAGUAAAUAUUAUUUUUUUAUUUUCUAUAAAUUUUAUUUUAAGUAUUUACUCUAGGUUAUUGAAAGUGUCGAUUUUAGUUUUAUUAUUUGUACAUCAACAGAUCAAUUUUUAAUUUCUUUUUUUUCAAAGACUGUAAAAAAAUGUAUGUAUCCAUAUACAUACAGUAUAACUAAAUUACACUAUAUUUAAUAAAUAACAAUUGUAACAAAUCGGAA